AUGUCACACCGAUUUCAGUGUGUUGAUACAUCAAUUACACAACAAUGUCUACCACAAAUAACUGUAAGAAACGGUUAUCGAGAUUGUUUAGACGGUUCGGAUGAACCAACCCAAAUCAAUUGUGCAAUAGAUCAAUUUCCAUUAUCACACGAAUGUCAGUAUUUACGUGGUACUAUUAAAUCGAAUGAUGAUAAAGUUGUACUUAUCUUUUCUCAAAUUUGUAAUGGCGUAAAAGAAAUGCAAUAUUCUUCCAAUAUUACGGCUGAUGCAGAUGAUGAAGCCGACUGUGACACUUGGCCUUGUAUUACACAGUACACCAGAUGUAAUCAGGUAUGGAAUUGUAAACGUGGUGAAGAUGAAUUAAAUUGUCCAAAAACAGAAUUCAUGCCAAAAUAUUCGUGUAACAGUGAAAAUGAACAUUAUUGUGCUCGUCCAAAUGAAUAUAAUUUAGGUUGUAUUUCUGUUAAUAACACAAAUGACGGUGUUAUAGAUUGUUUGGGUGCAACAGAUGAGCAAUUUUUUAUUUGUAAAACUGAUACGUGA